AUGGCUGCCGAGGGGAUUCAAGCGCGUCAUGCGCAUGCAGGCACCGUUAAUAACUCAUGCGACCCUGAGCAGGAAAUGACGGCAGACUCGCGGAUACUGGUCUUGCAUCGGACAUUCAACCUCUUCCACAACUUUGCCACUACUUUUGCGGCCCUCUACUUCAUCGGUGGUGUCCGCGUCACGUUUUCUACUGGCAUUGCUGCCGGCGGCAACCUCGCCUACUGGUACAGCCACCAGCCCUCAUACAAGAACGUUUCUAACGGGAUAAACAGGACAAGCUUCAUAGUUACGUGCGUCUUUACCUUCAUCACCGCAGCUGUAAUUGCGGAAAUAUGCUCGUCGCUCCCCUUGGCCGGCUCCAUCUACCUGUGGGCAGCAGAGGCCGGCGGUCCACGCUUCGGGCGUCUCUUCGGCUUCGUUGUCGCUUGGUGGAGUACCACGGCCUGGACUACUUUCUGUGCAAGCAACACCCAGUCGGCAGUCAACUACAUGCUCUCUGAAAUCGUAGUCUUCAAUCUCGACUUCCCGUCAGACGCUUCGAGCGUCAAAUUCCGAGCCGUGCAGUGGGUGGCGACCGAAAUACUGCUCGCCUUGGCCGCAAUUUGGAACCUCUUGCCCCCGCGAUACUUCAAGUGGAUCUUUUACCUGUCCACGUCGUCCGUCAUAGUAGACUUUGUAUUGAACAUGGUCUGGCUUCCCAUUGCCACCUCCAAAACAUAUGGCUUCCGUUCUGCACACGACGCAUUCAUGACCACGUAUAAUGGGACAGGAGCUCCAGCAGGGUGGAACUGGUGUCUGUCUUACCUAGCUACUGCUGGUAUUUUGAUCGGCUUCGACGCGUCCGGCCAUGUUGCCGAAGAGACUCGGAAUGCAAGCAUGUCAGCAGCCAGGGGAAUCUUCUGGAGCACAGUCGUCAGCGGAGUCGGCGGCUUCGUGGUUGUCAUUCUGUUCCUAUUCUGCGUGCCGUCGUCGGACGUGUUUUUUAGCUUUGGCGGCGCGCAACCGUUUGUGCCAUUGUAUGCGGCCAUUCUCGGUGACGGCGGACACAUUUUGAUGAACAUCGUCUGCAUUGUUGCUCUUUGGUUUAACACCGCCAUAGCCGUCCUCGCUGCAUCACGGCUCGUGUUCGCCGUUGCCCGCGACGGCGUAUUGCCAUUCUCACCUUGGGUAUCCCAAGUAGUCGACGGGCAACCACGAAACGCCGUCAUUGUCGUUUGGGCUGUGGCGUCCAUCAUCACCUGCACCAUACUGCCGUCUUCGGUAGCGUUCACGUCUCUGGUCUCCGCUGCUGGCGUACCGUCUGCCGCGGCGUACGGGCUCAUUUGCAUUGGCCGGCUGUUUCUUACGCCUAACAAUUUCCCCAGGGCUGCUUGGAGUCUGGGGCGCCUUAGCAAACCCUUCCAGGCCAUUGCUAUUCUAUGGAACGGAUGGGUGGUCGCUGUGCUUUACUCGCCGUAUACGUUCCCCGUGUCCGCCGCUACAUUCAACUAUGCACCAGUCAUUAUGGGUAUUGUCACCAUCUUUGCUUUGCUUUCGUGGUGGUUUAUCCCGGCAGAGCGGUGGCUGCCCAGCGAGCGAAUUCAGCAAACACUCGAUGCAAAGACGCCAGGUAGCCAGCAGAGUUUUUCAGAGGAUCAUAUAAAUCCAAAAUAG